AUGCUGAAUGACACAACUUCCAACAACAUAGAAAGGAUAAUCUACUCUAACUACCUAGGUCCUAACAAUUUUAUGGCAACUGCUGGAGAGUCUGUUACGGAUGGUAUUUUUGAUUUCUCACAGGAAGAGGAAAUAAUAAAAUGGGUAGUUGCAAACUUGACUUGUGAACAAGCUAUGCAAAGAAAUGCUAAAUGUGCAUGUGUUAGUCGCAACAGUUACUGCCAAAAUGUCACACCAGGGAAAACACAGUAUGGGUAUCAUUGCAAGUGUUCCAAUGGCUUCCAAGGGAAUCCGUACCUGCAAAAUGGUUGUACAGACAUUGAUGAGUGCUCAAUUCCAAAUAAAUGCAAUAGCAGAAUGUGCCAUAAUUUUGAAGGAGGCUUCAAUUGUACAAAUUCUAAGCUACAUAACAUAAUUCUAGGUGUUGCCAUUGGGAUUGCUUGUGGCGUUGGCUCCAUAAGUAUUGCACUAGGCAGGAUCCUACUGGCCCAAGAUGAGGUGCCUUUGCUAGUCUAUGAGUUCAUAUCAAAUGGCACUCUAUAUGACCUUCUUCACACAAAUGUUACAACAAAGUGCUUACUAUCAUGGGAUGAUCGUGUAAGGAUAGCAAUGGAAGUAGCAGGAGCACUUGCUUAUCUACAUUCAGCUGCCGCAAUACCAAUUUUUCAUAGAGAUGUAAAGUCUUCCAAUAUACUCUUGGAUGAAAACUUCACCACAAAGGUUUCAGACUUUGGUGCUUCAAGGUCUCUUUCACUUGAUGAGACACAUGUGAUGACAAUUGUUCAAGGAACAUUCGGCUACUUGGAUCCUGAAUAUUAUCAUACCGGUCAACUAACUGAAAAGAGUGAUGUUGUUGAAGAGGCAGACCAGGAAGAUAUGAAUGAAAUCGCCUCCCUCGCAGAAGCAUGCUUAAGGGUCAAAGGUGUAGAGCGGCCAACUAUGAAAGAAGUAGACAUGAGGUUACAAUUCCUAAGAACAAAUAGGCUGAGAAAAAAACAUCGUUUACCUGAACAAGAUGGAGAUAUUGAGGCUUUGUUAUGCCUAGAAGCUAAGAACUUACACGAGCACGUUGAUCUUGUCAAUGCUGCUCACGUAACACCUCAAGGGACCACUAGGUUCUACAGCUUGGAGCAAGAAAUUGAGUCUUCGGUUAGGUCACGCUAA